AACUGCGGCGCUACAACGACUCCGCUAUGGCGCCGUGAUGGACAGGGCAAUUACCUCUGCAACGCCUGUGGCCUCUACCAGAAAAUGAACGGACAAAAUCGACCCUUAAUUAAACCAAAGAGGAGACUGGUGAGUGUCAGUUUGCAUAUUUGGAACGCCUCCUCACCGUUGAGAUCAUCUUCAAUUGUAGUUACUGCAGUUAUUUAUCACCAAACCCUCGCUUGGGGUUUAUAA